GGACGGCUGUAAUUACAAAGUAAAGGUCCAGGACUGCAGAAAGAUUAGGGGAGUAUUCAAGAAAUCCCCUCUCACUGAGGAAAAUGUGGAAUCACGAGUCCGACCUGAAACAGGAGGAUGAACUGCUGCCCACCAGUCACCACACCCGUGUCAAUGGAGAGAUUGCAUAGUGGGGGGGGUAGCUUGUCAGCCACAUUCUUCUCUUUCAGCUAUCCCUUCCUAACCCAUCCCACUUUGCUGUGUGUGGCAGCUAUAUAACCAAGGGUGGCAAAGUGAUGCCUUUAACUGCAGAUCAGCUCCAGUGAACCUACCUGAAACCAUAUCCAACACGUCCUUCAGCACCAGAUCCUACAGCCAGAAGACCAUGAGUGUCUACGGUGGAGCAGGAGGUCAUGGCACCCGCAUCUCCUCAUCCCAAAUGAGCCAUGCACCAUUCUCCAAAGGCUUUGACCUGGCCAACGGCCUGGACCUGCAUGUUGGAGGCAAUGAGAAAGCCACCAUGCAGAACCUGAACGACCGUCUAGCGUCAUACCUGGAGAAGGUGCGCACCCUGGAGAAGGAGAACGAGCACCUGGACAAGCAGAUCAGAGAGUGGUACCAGAACCGAACUGUCAUCUCCCAUGACUACACCAAGUAUUUCACCAUCAUCGAUGACUUGAGGGAAAAGAUUAGUGUGGCCUCCAGACUCAAUGCAAAGACAGUCCUGGACACUGACAACACAAAGCUAGCUGCUGUUGAUUUCAAAGUGAAGUAUGAGAAUGAGCUGGCCAUGAGGUUGGCUGUGGAGGCAGACAUCACAGGACUGAAGAAGGUGCUGGAUGGUAUGAACACGGCCAGGAUGCAUCUGGAGAGUCAGGGUGAGGCCCUGAAGGAGGAGCUCAUUAUGCUCAAGAGGAAUUAUGAAGAGGAAAUAGCUCUGCUGAGAAGUCAGAUGGGUGGCCAGGUCAACGUGUCUGUGGAUGCUUCUCCCUCUACAGACCUGAACCAGGUCAUGACAGAAAUCAGGAAACACUACGAGGGUGUGAUCACCAAGAACCGCAAGGAACUUGAGUCAUGGUAUCAGAGCAAGAUUGCAGCGGUGGAGCAGGAGGUGAUCACAAGCACAGAGAGUCUGGUGACAUCUCGCACAGAGGUUAAAGACCUAAAGAGCACCCUCCAGAGGCUCCAGAUUGAACUGCAGUCCCAUAUGAGCAUGAAAGCAUCUCUGGAGGGCACCCUGGCAGAGACUCAGGCACGCUACACCACACAGCUAGCAAGCCUCCAGAGCAUGGUCACAAGCCUGGAGGCUCAGCUGUCCCAGAUCCACGCCAACAUCGCCAGCAACAAGCAGGAGUACGACAUACUGCUGGACCUCAAGACCCGGCUGGAGCUGGAGAUUGCAGAGUACAGGAGGUUGCUGGAUGGGGAGGAGGAGAGCUCAAAACAAGUGAUCAAAAAGGUUAUCACAGUGGUGGAGACAGUUGUGGAUGGAAGGGUGGUCCAGAGCAACAAGACAGUUGAUGUGAAUCAAACUCAAACUCAGUGAAUAACUGGA